AUGUCUGUCCCGGAGAGUAAGUCUGGGUCUGAGGGGAAGGAGGAGGAGAGCGAGGAUGAGAGCGAGAUCCUGGAAGAGAGUCCGUGCGGCCGCUGGCAGAAGCGCAAAGAGCAGGUGAGCCAAGGGAAUGUGCCCGGUGUGGAGAGUGCGUCUUUGGCCAUGGACACGGAGGAAGGCGUGGAGGUGGUGUGGAACGAGGUGCUCUUCUCCGAUAAGAAGGUCUUCAAGGCUCAGGAGGAUAAAAUCAAAGAGAUGUUUGAGAACCUGAUGCAAGUGGAGCACCCCAACAUCGUGAAGUUCCAUAAAUACUGGCUGGACAUGAAGGAAAGCCAGGCCAGGGUCAUUUUCAUCACCGAGUACAUGUCCUCAGGCAGCCUCAAGCAGUUCCUCAAGAAGACCAAGAAGAACCACAAGACCAUGAAUGUGAAGGCUUGGAAACGAUGGUGCACGCAGAUUCUCUCAGCACUAAAUUACCUGCACUCAUGUGACCCACCGAUCAUCCACGGAAACUUGACUUGCGACACCAUUUUCAUCCAACACAACGGCCUCAUCAAGAUCGGCUCAGUGUGGCAUCGGCUAUUUGUCAACGUGUUCCCAGAUGCUAGCGUCCACAGUAAAGGACGGCAACACCGCGACGAGCAAAGGAACCAACACUUCUUUGCUCCGGAAUACGGCGCUUGUGCAGACGAUUACGCCAUAGACAUUUUCUCCUUUGGCAUCUGUGCUCUGGAGAUGGCAGUUCUAGAGAUUCAGGCCAACGGAGACUCGGCGGUGUCCAAAGAGGCCAUUAUCAAUGCGGGACAAUCUCUGGAAGAUCCUCUGAUGAGAGAGUUCACCCAGUCCUGUCUGCGGCACGAGUCCAAGCUCCGGCCCACGGCUCACGACCUGCUGUUCCACCGGGUUCUGUUUGAAGUCCACUCCCUCAAACUCCUCGCUGCUCACUGCCUCAUCAACAACCAGUAUCUGCUUCCAGAAAACUGUGUGGAAGAGAAAACCAAGUCCUUUGACCCCAACGCGGUGAUGGCUGAGAUCAGGCACGACAACAGACCAGGAGUGCAGCUAAAAUAUUCUCAUGUUUCUCCAUUAGAACUGGACAAGUUUUUAGAAGAUGUAAAGAAUGGCAUCUAUCCCUUAAUGAACUUUGCAUCUUCUCGACCACACCCUGUCCCACGAGCCCUGUCCUUAUCCCAGGAGCAGGUGGAGACAGUCAAGACCCCCACCCCAGAACCUCAGGAGACGGAGACUCGGAAGGUUGUGCAGAUGCACUGUAAUUUGGAAUCAAAUGAAGAAGGGACCAAAACUCAUCUAUCUCUAUUUUUGAAGAUGGACGACAAACUUCACCGGCAGCUAAGCUGUGACAUUCUUCCGACCGACACCUCCAAAGACCUUGCAAGUGAACUUGUUCAUUUUGCCUUCAUAAACGAGGAGGACAGUGACAAAGUAGCAGGCUUCCUGGAGGAUGCCAUCAGUAGGCACCGGGUACGAGGGCUUGGCUCUGCAGUGGCUCAGUGA